UAAGAUCUCCAGGAAAGCGGGAGCGGCUGUAGGGAAUCUCGGAGAUCAAGCGCCGCCACAGUCAGAGGAGAGUCCUCGAGGAGGAUGCCGCAGUCGCCCUUCCUCCCUGCCUAACUCGGGCGCUCCCUGCCAGCCCUCGCCAGCGGCGGCCGCCUCCUCCUCUCAUUGCCCGCGCUGCCUUGCUUGCUUGCGAGUAGGAAGCGGCGGCGGCGGGCGGUCGCGGUGUUGGUGGUGGCCGCCGGCGGAAUCUACUUGCUCCUAGCCGCUUUUCCCAGGCGAGAGCAAUAGCAGCGGCAGGAGGAAGAGGAGGAGGGCGCGCGCGGUCGGAACGCGGGCCGCCCUGCCGGCCGAGCGGGGCGCCGGCGUCGGAUGCCUGCGUUACGCCACUCCGGGGCUUCUGUUGAGGCCUGGGCUCCUCUAGAAGCGGCGGCAGCGGAUAGGAGCGUCGAGUCGGGAGGAGGAGGUGGUGGUGGUGCCGGCAGUGAGAGGACCGACAGGUAGUCGCCUCUCCCUGGGGGAGGCCGGUGUCCGGUGCUGCUGCUGCUGCUGCUGCUCCUUUCCCUCAGAGCAAGCAGUAUGCACUUGACUGCAGAAAUUAGGAACUGGAAGACUGCGUAUUAGCUUUAAUCAAAAUGGAUUAUUUAUUACUAGAGUAAAUAAGGUGCCGACAACAGUUCUUGGACUUCUGCAUCUACAUAAAAAUGAGUGAAGUACAGGCAAUGGUAGAAUUCUCCGUGGAGCUCCACAAGUUUUAUAACGUGGAUUUGUUUCAAAGAGGCUUUUACCAGAUUCGUGUCUCAAUGAAGAUUCCUCCAAGAAUUCCACACAAAAUUGAAGCAAGCCUGUUACGUGCAACCAGUGCUGAUCUUGCCUUUCCAGCUUCAGUCCAUGACAAUGUAGUCUGCAGUAAAACCUUUCAAAUUCUUUAUAAAAAUGAAGAAGUGUCUGUGGAUGAUGUUAUGAUCUUCAAAAUUAAAAUGCUGUUGGAUGAAAGAAAGAUUGAAGAGUCUCUGAAUGAAAUGAAUUUCCUGCUCUCUUUAGAUCUACACUUUACAGAUACAGAUUAUUCGCCAGAUGACCUGAGCACAUUGCAGCUAAUUAGCAGCAGAACACUAAAGUUGCACUUUACCUUAAACCGAGGCCUUCAUCACUAUGUCAAUGUUAUGUUUGAUUACUUUCACCUUUCUGUCAUCUCUGUUAUAGUCCAUGCCUCUUUAGUAGCGCUUCACCAACCAUUAAUAAGCUUUCCUCGUCCUGUCAAAAAUACUUGGCUAAACAGAAAUGCACCCGCACAGAACAGAGAUUCUGUGAUUCCUUCUCUUGAAAGUGUUGUUUUUGGCAGCAAUUACACCAAACAAUUAUCAGCUGAUGGCUGCAGUUUUAUAAUAGCAGAGACUUUCUUGAAUCAUGCUUACAAUCUCCACCGUACACUUUGUGCCAGUUUGCUGAUUGCAUUCAAAGGAUUACAUAGCUAUUUCACCACUUUAUCAAAAGAGCUGCCUUCCUGUCUGAAAUUAGACGCAGCCAAGCCCAGCAUGCAGGUCCUUUAUGAACGCCUCCUCAGAAGAAAAUAUCUACGAAUCCAGGGAGACGCCUAUAUAGAGAAUAUAGAUGUAGAAGCACGCCUGUCAGAACUCUGUGAAGAAAUAAAGAAAAUGGAGAAUCCUGAUGAACUGGCAGAACUUAUAAACAUGCAUCUUGCACAGCUCUGUUCACUUCUGAUGGCUUUAUGGGGACAAUUUCUUGAGGCCGUUAACUUCCAAGAGGAUAUCACUGCAUUGCUGGCACGAGAGCAUCAUACAAUGCGUGUACGUAGGUUUUCUGAAGCUUUUUUUUGCCUUGAACAUCCAAGGGAAGCAGCGCUUGCAUACCAAGAGCUACAUGCGCAAAGUUACCUUCAGAUGUGUACUGCCAUAAAAAGCACCUCCUUCUGUAGUUCUCUGCCGCCUCUCCCUACUGAAUGCAGUGAAUUAGAUGGUGAUCUGAACUCCUUGCCUAUAAUCUUUGAAGAUCGGUAUCUGGAUUCUGUUACUGAAGAGAUGGAUGUACCCUGGCUGACAGCUCAUCAGAAGUCUGACUCCAAGAAGCCAGAUAAACCAGAAUCUGAAGAAAGUUUUAUGGCUAGCCCGGAUUUGAAAAACAGACCUUCAGUUGCCUCCCAUGCUUGGCACUCAGAAAGUGAAAAACAGUUCACCAAGUCUGCAAAAGCGCAGUGUCAAGAGGCAAACAAAUCCAAAGUUAAGGUUACUAAACUGAUGAAAACAAUGAAACCUGAAAAUCCCAAAAAAUUAGUAAAACAAAACUCUAAGGACUCUGUAGUCCUCGUAGGCUACAAAUGCUUGAAGAGUGCAGUACCUGAGGACAUCUCAAAGUGCUUUGAAGGUAUGCCUUCAUUGGACCAGAAAGAAGGGCUGGAUUCUGCAGUUGGUGGCCAUGCUUCCGAUGCGAAGAACUUAAUGAGGCAAAUCAGCCAGAAAGAGUUUAGAAGUUUACCAUGUAGAACUGAACAAAGAACUGCCAAACUGGAAGGGAAUGAGGAAAGCCACCCCAGUGCUAUCAUCUCUCAUUGUGCAAAUUCAAUUCUUUUGGGUAAAUCUGAUACCCUCCAAGCAGGCAUUGGGGGUACUCAUGGGGGCAGCAGCUUGACCCCCAGAAGUCCUGUUGAAGACUCUUUUGGUUCACCAGGGGUUACAAAAAUAGAAGUAAAACCAUAUUGUAGAAAUAUUUGUGGAGGAGAUAAAGUUUUUGUUCGCAUUGGAUUACAGACAGAAGGCUCACGUAGAGAGAAUUUGCAGGAGCCCACCUUUGAAAGUUCAGAAUGCGAAAGAAAACCUAAAUCAGAAGAACCGCAGCUUGAAAAGGAAGUUGUACAAGAAACAAACUUCCAGCAUACUGAGGAUUCCUUCACAAGGGUUGGCACCAACCUGCCCAUUCAAUCUACAAAAGAAACUUCUGUUGCAGUUUUAGGUGGAGACGUACUUAAGUUACCUGAUGUUAGUAUUACCUAUGCAUCAUCUAGGUUUUCGGAUUCUGGUGUAGAAAGUGAACCUAGUUCUUUUGCAAUGCAUCCAAGUACAGAUGUGGGUCUUGAAACUCCUCAAGGGCAAAGUGCAUGCAACAAUGAAAGAAUAUUUCCUCAACUAUUGCUUAAACCAGAUAAUAAUAUUAAAAACCCAGUAGAAAGUCAUUGCACUGAAAGUACGAGUGCUGUUAGUGAAAUACAGUCCUCCCUGACAUCAAUAAACUCUCUGCCUUCUGAUGAUGAUCUGUCCCCUGAUGAAAACUCAAAGAUAUCCGAUGUACCUGAAUGCCAAUUAAGUGAUAGCAAAACUGUUUUAGACCUGGGAGCAAUUGAGUUGACAACAUGUGAUGACAGUGAAGAUACAAAGGUUUUGCCACAGCAGUGUGUAGGGUAUUCGGGCAACGAAGCGACAUUUCUGCCUUCCUCAUCCUCAGAUAAAAAGUGUCCACUACAACUUGAUGAAAGUAAAUCUGAGGAUGUGAACUCUCACAACCUGCAACUGAAUAUUGGUGCAAUUUGUAAUGAUUCUCAAAGACUUGAUAAAAACUUGCACAGUGUGGAAAAAGCAAGUGAAAUUCCUUCAGGAGUUGUUUAUCUGGGCAAGUCCUGUGUUGUUUCGGGUUCAGUGUCUAGUUAUCCAGAGGGCAGCGUGAAGCAACCAAGUGAAAGAAAAUGUAGUGAUUCUUUAGAGCAAAAACAACUGUCUGAUCAGUUGUCAGCUGCAAAAGAUGAAAAUCUCACAAGCACGAACAUUGUAUCCUCGGAAGGAGGUAAUGAUAUGCUGAAGCAAGGACUUGUAGAAAACUACUUUGGCAAUCAAAGCAGUACAGAUAUUUCCAAAAUACAUUCUGCUGACAAUAGCAGUACAGUUAGCCCUCAAAGGGGAACCAUCUGUUCUAAUUCAACAGAAGAGGAGGAGGAAGAGGAGGAGCAAGAUCAAGACAUGGUUGAAAAUGGUUAUUUUGAGGAAGCAGAUGAUAGUAAUUUGUAUGGAGCUACAAAUGAUGCUGAGGAGGAUCUGGACCUAGCAUUUGUGGGACCUUUUAUAACAGAAAUAUUGAAUAGUGGGUUUUUUGAGGAGGCAACAGACGUGGCUCCACUGUGUGCUCCAGGUAGUUUGGCUGCUCCCACUGCAUUGAAAGGCUAUCCGUGUGAUGUGUUAUGGUCUUCGAAAGACAAAUCGAAUGCAGUUCUCAAGCAACCCUGCAGCAUGUCCUGCAGUACAGCUUCUUCUGUCUCCUGGUAUGAGUAUUCUCCCAAGCCACAAAAGCUAGCAUUCCUUCAUGCUAAAGAGGAACUGAAACUACUUCAGCUCCCUGGAUUUAUGUAUAGUGAUGUUCCCAGACUGGCAUCUUCAGUACCUUAUUUCAGCACAGAAGAGGAGGAAAGUUCAGAUGAUGGCAUUCAUCUCAUAGUUUGUGUGCAUGGCCUCGAUGGUAAUAGUGCAGACUUAAGACUAGUAAAGACUUACAUUGAACUUGGCCUUCCUGGAAGCCGUAUAGAUUUUCUGAUGUCUGAGAGAAAUCAGAAUGAUACAUUUGCUGAUUUUGAUUCAAUGACAGAUCGCCUUCUGGAUGAAAUAAUACAAUACAUUCAAAUUUACAGCCUAACAAUUUCAAAAAUCAGUUUUAUUGGGCAUUCAUUGGGUAACCUAAUAAUCCGUUCAGUGCUCACAAGACCUAGGUUUAGAUUUUACCUCAGCAAACUUUACACCUUCCUGUCUCUGUCUGGACCACAUCUUGGUACACUCUACAACAGCAGUGCUCUUGUUAAUACAGGUCUCUGGUUUAUGCAGAAGUGGAAAAAGUCAGGGUCUUUAUUGCAGUUGACCUGUCGAGAUCAUUCAGACCCCCGGCAAACUUUCUUGUACAAACUUAGUAAAAAGGCAGGUCUGCAGUAUUUCAAAAACAUAGUAUUAGUAGGAUCUCUACAAGAUCGUUAUGUCCCUUAUCAUUCUGCUCGUAUUGAGAUGUGUAAAACAGCUUUGAAGGAUAAACAGACAGGACCAAUAUAUGCUGAAAUGAUCCAGAAUCUGCUUCUGCCUGUUCUUCAAAACAAGGAAUGCAAUUUGGUUCGUUAUAAUGUGCAUUGUGCAUUGCCAAACACAGCCGAUUCCCUCAUUGGAAGAGCUGCACACAUUGCUGUUCUGGACUCGGACAUAUUUUUAGAAAAGUUUUUUCUUGUUGCUGCCCUAAAAUACUUCCAGUAGGAAUAAACACAUUGUCACAGACUUGGCUAUUACCUCAUUAACAGAUGAAUCAAAUAAUGUGUGAUAUUAAACUGUAGCUGCUGCUGCAUUUUAAGAGAUA